UGAAAGAAAAGUAACACCAAGCGGAAAACAAGUCAAGUAACUAAAUAAAGGAAAAUUUAAGGCGUGUGACAUAUAAAUAGCGCAUGUUUCCUGAAUGCGAGUCACUUUUCAAAGCGAUCUUUAACGUGAAAUGCUGUUUAUGAAUAAUUGGUGCACCUUAAUACGGAGUUUGCAGUAGAAGGGUUUGUGAAAAAAAAAAAAACAAGAGAUAUCUGUUCACACUGGUUCAACUAUGAUUCACUUCAACGUAAUUGUAUUCCUCCUGGGGCUCUUAUCACCAUUAGUUUAUUCUCAUGGUUGUCGUAUGGAAGACGACGUAUGUGAGUUUAAGCUGGUAAUUUCCUAUAAAUUAACUAUGCUAUACAAUAAGAUCUUGGUACUACCCCAUAAUGGAAAACUCUACAAAUAUGACGUCACUAAUUUUACAAAUGCUCAACCGAUACCAACUGAUAAAGUCAUUACGAUGGAUGGUUUCUCUGAGUCAGUUAAGGUGAUUACAGUAAAUGGUACAGUUCCUGGACCAACGAUAGAAGUUUAUAAAGGACAAAGAGUCAUCAUUGAAGUAGAAAACCAAUUAUUUUCAGAAGGUACAACAAUACAUUGGCACGGCUUGCAUCAAAGAGAAACAUCACAUAUGGAUGGUGUACCUUGGGUUACACAGUGUCCAAUUCAACCAGGUCAGUCGUUCAGAUAUGAAUUUAAUAUUACACAAAUUGGAACUUAUUGGUACCAUUCUCAUAUUGGAACACAACGUACCAUGGGAGUAUUUGGUGCUUUGAUACUACACGAAAAGACAAAACGUAAAAUGGAAGAACAUGUAAUGGUAAUCUCAGACUACAAUCAUGACUGGGAUUCCGAUAUGAGUUUUUUAAAAGUUGGCAUGGGACUUUAUAUGCAUAAAAAAAAGGUUGAUAUUACCAGAUCUGUUGAAGGAGGGCUUUUUAGUCUCUUUCAGUUCAAUUCCGGAACUGUGAAUGGUCGGGGCCGUUAUUAUGAUGAGUCAGGGAAACAUAAUGAGGCUCCACUGACUGUCUUUGAAGUAGAAUCAGGUAAAGAAUAUCGUUUUAGAGUGAUCGCUGCAGGGGCUCUGUACCCAUUUGAAGUAUCUGUUGAUGGUCACCAGAUGGUAGUCAUUGCCUCUGAUGGUUAUGACAUAACACCAACACCUGUUGAUUACUUUAUCAUCAACCCCGGUGAGAGAUUUGACUUCACAAUACAUGCAAAUAACUCUGUCGGAAAUUACUGGAUCCGCGGACAGACACUGCAAAUGGGCAAAAAUAAUACAUUUGAAGCAAUUCUUCGAUAUAAAGGUGCACCGGUCGAAGAACCUAACUCCACAGUUUCUGACUGCAUUCAACAAAAGAACUGCACUUUACUCAACUGUCCCUUUCUUUAUAAUCCCCAUAAAAGUGAUAAACCAUGUUUAACUUUUGGUGACUUAGAAUCUAAUUAUCGAGAUGUACCGCCUUUCCGGUCUGGAAAGUUUAAGGAACAUUUUUUAAAUUUUGCUUUUCCUGGUGAACCUGGGAACACACCUGCAUCAAUAAAUGGUCGGGUGUUCGUGGAACCCACGGUAAACCCUUUAACACAACCAAAUGAAAUAGAUAGUCCGUGUGAUAAAGCCAACUGCGGUGUUGAUAAAGUGUGUCGGUGUACUCAUUCCAUAAACCUGAAAUUUGGUGAUACAAUUCAAGUUGUAAUGACAAAUCUGGGAAAAGGUAAAGGGUUCUCCCACCCUAUACACAUGCAUGGACAUUCAUUUUAUGUAGUUAAAAUGGGAUUUCCAAAAUACAAUGAAACAACGGGAAGAAUAAUAAAUGAUAGUACAGAUAUUGAUUGCAGAGGUGAUCCGAAAAUGAACUAUUGUAAUGAUGCGGCUUGGUCAAACAGUAAAUGGGAGGGAGACAACAUCCCCGGAAUGAAUUUACGAAACCCUCCUCGAAAGGAUGUAGUUAUGGUCCCUACAGGUGGAUACGUUGUAGUGAGAAUACGGGCCGAUAAUCCUGGAAUGUGGUUUGUGCACUGCCACAUUGAAUUACACAGCAAGGAGGGAAUGGCUCUUAUUCUUAACGAAUCUUUCGCUCGGUUGCCAGAAAUGCCGGACAAUCUCCCCGGGUGUCGUAGCUUCAAGAGAAGCGUUUACAACAUAAGGAAAGAUACUGGAAAGGAUGACUGUAAGGACAGAAAUGGUGAAGAUGAUAAGGAUGAUAAAGGUGAUAAUCAUGGCGUUGCAGACGACUACACAGUACGAGUGGCACUUGGAGUUCUAAUCGCUGUCGUCUGUAUCCUGGCCAUUCUUGUUGUUGUUCUUGUGUUCCUUGUUAUAAGGAAGCAAAAGAAUUAACUUUGAAAAUCACCUGAAAUCAAUACGAUCAUAGAUAGCAGUGGGGGAGAGUGGGGUGGGGGCGAAUCUAAGAUGUGCUAGAGUAAUUUUGUGGGGUCUGUAAGUGCAUAGUGUAAGGUUCGAGUGGGGUUUGGUAACUGAUGUGUGUCGUGGGUCAUGUAUGUACUUGGUGGUAUAUAGUACAUAUAGUGUAUUAGUAAUAGUAUAUAGUGUGAUACAACACAAUUACGACGGCAUUAUUAAUUUUACAUUAUUACUACACUAUUAUUAAUGUGGUGUGUGUGUGUGUGUAUUUGUGUGUGUGUCUGUGUGUGUUGAUGUAGUAAUAAUGGUAUUU